AUGGAUUACCAAGAAACGUCGAAAAUAAGUCAAUCUACUUUACAAUCAUUUCUUCUCUUUUAUUCGUUCUUUUCGCCAAUUCUCCACUUCUUUUCCCUCCGUUUUCUUUUUAUUACUCCCUCCCUCUUUUGCAGAUUUUAUCUCUCUUCUCUCUUUCGCCCUCUCUCUCUCUCUUUUUCUUUCUGUUGUGUAUUUCUUCUCCCCUCCAUUUCUAAAUACCUUCUCCUUCUCUUUCUCUCUCUCUCUCUCUUUCUCUCUCUUCGUUUCUAUCUUUCUCCUUCGUCAACCUUUUCACCUUUUUUCCUCUUUUUUCUUGGUUUUCUCUCUUUCUUACCCUCUCUCACUCUCUCUCUUUCCCCCACUGUCUAUUUCUACGCCCCCUUCUUUCUCCCCCAAACUUCUUCUACUUCUCUUUUUUUUCUCUCUCUACGCACUCUCUACGUGCUUUCUGAUCUCCCCCUCCUCAGCCUCUUCCUCCUCCUCUUCCUCCUCCUACUCCUUUUUUUCUUUAUUCGUCAUCUGUUCCUCCUCUUAUUCUUCUUUCUCUCUUCACCUUGUGUUUUUUUUUUAUUUCUCUCUCGCCUCCUCCACCUUUUUAUUCUUCUAACUUCCUUCUCUUUUUUUAUUAUCUUCUUCUUCUUCUUCUUCUUCUUUUUCUUCUUCUUCUUUUUUCCUUCUUCUCUAUAG